AUGUUCGUCGGCACAUUAAUUCAUUCGAUUUCAUUGAAAAAUUUAGAAAUAAUUCCACAGGGUAUUAUCGUCGUGUCAGAUGGUAAAAUAAUACAAAUUGAAAAUGACAGUUGUGACGUCAGUUUAUUACAAAAAAAAUUCAACGUAAAAGAGAAAAACUUACACGUUUUAAAAUAUGGCGAAUUUUUAAUACCGGGUUUCAUUGAUACCCACAUUCACGGAUCUCAAUAUCCGAACGUCGGUUUGGGUUAUGAUUUACCGUUAUUGCAAUGGUUGGAAAAAUACACGUUUCCUUUGGAAAGUAAAUUCGAUGAUGAAAAUUUUGCGGAAAAAGUUUACGAUGCGGUUAUCAAAAGAACUUUAGCAAACGGUACGACGACAGCGAGUUAUUUUGCCACGAUCCACGAAAAAAGUUGUUGCAUAUUUGCAAAAUGUGCAAAAAAUUUAGGACAAAGAGCAUUCAUAGGAAAAGUCAACAUGAAUAAAAACGUGACGGUUGAUUAUGGGGAAACUCACGAGAAAUCAAUGUCGGUUACGAAGAAUUUCGUAGAAUACGUUGACAAUUUAAAAAGUCCUUUAGUUAAACCCAUAAUAACUCCAAGAUUCGCUCUUUCUUGUGAAAAGGAAUUAUUAAAAGCAUUAGGGGAUUAUGCGUUUGAUAAUAAAUUACUCAUUCAAACUCACAUAUCGGAAAAUAACGAAGAAAUCAAACAAGUUAAAAAAGAAUUUCCCGAUUGUAUGAAUUACACACAAGUUUAUGACAAAGCCGGUCUCAUUAAUGAAAGAACGAUACUAGCUCACGGAAUAUACCUUAAUCAAGAAGAACUUGAAAUUAUAAAAGAGAGAAAAGCUACGAUAAGUCACUGUCCCAGUUCCAACAUACUUUUACAAAGUGGCAUUUGUCCCGUUUCUCAAUAUUUAAACAUGGGUAUUAAUGUGAGUUUGGGAACGGAUUGCUCUGGCGGAAACAGUUGUUCCAUGUUAGAAUGCAUAAGGCAAACUAUCAUGUUAUCCAUUCAAGCUUCCUUUAAUAAAAUAGGUCAAAAAUUAUCAAUAGAAGAAGUUUUUUAUAUGGCAACACUGGGUGGUGCUACAGCUCUCGGACUAGAAAAUAAAAUAGGAAAUUUUAAAAUCGGAAAAGAAUUCGAUGCCAUUUUAAUUGAUUUAAAUGAAAAAUCAGUUAUUGAUAUUUUGGAAGAUUAUGAUAUAGAACAAUUAUUUCAAAAAUUUAUUUAUUUGGGAAAUGAUCAAUUGAUGAAAAAGGUUUUUGUUUCCGGUAGAUUAGUUAAACAGUUGUGA